UUGUGAUGUGAUGUGAUGUAGCUGUGGGGUCAUUUAGAGGUCAAGUAGCUACUGUGCUAGCUAGCUUUGUUCAUGUUCUAUUAUCUCACAAGAUGGCCCGACCUGCAGUCACAGAGAAAACAAUUGAAGGAGUAAAGGAAGAACUAACAUGUGUCAUUUGUCAAGAAUUGUUCAAGAUGCCCAAAACCCUACAUUGCCUACACACGUUCUGUGAAGAUUGCCUGCAAAAAGCAGAGGUAGCUCGAAAGCGAAUGAGAGCUUCUCGUGACUCUGAUACCCCAUCAGCCAACGAAGUGGAGUGCCCCUCCUGUCGUGGAAAAUUUGAUUAUGAAGGUCAUAUUGUUGGGAUCAAGACUAACUUUGUGUACGUCAAUCUUAUUGAGCAUCUGAUCAUUCAUGAAACGAUAUCUACUGAAGGCAACCUCACUUGUGGCAAAUGUGCCGAUGAAGCUCGAGCUAUUGCCUUUUGUUACGACUGCAAGUGUGCUGUUUGUGAGCCUUGCAAGCAGAUGCAUCAACGUUCUGUCAAGCACUCUUCCCACAAUAUAUGUUCACUGGAGGAGAUAAAACAAUCAGCCACUCUACCAGCCCUCGUAAAAAACUAUCUGUGUCCGAAGCACAACGCCGAGCAAAGUUUGUUUUGUUUCGAUUGCCAGGAAAUUAUUUGUCGAGACUGUACAAUAGUUCAGAGUGAUCAUCGCGACCACAACUUUCAGUUCAUACCUCAAAUUAUCGAAGACCAAAAGAAACAAAUGCGAGAAAAGUUUCAGCCUCUUGAGGAGAAUUUGAAGAUUGUUACCGGGUGCUGUGAAAGGCUAGCCGCUCAUAUCGAUAAAGUAACACAAGUUCACGACAAGCGAUCGAGGAGAAUCAACGAUGCUGUUGACAAGUCGAUUGAAAUACUUGAGCAACGAAGGGCCCACCUGCUGGAAGACUCCCAUUCAGUCCAUGCUGUCAAGAAGAAGAAUCUGGACAUUGAGUUAGAGGGGGUUGAAGGAGUUAGGGCCUCCAUAGCCAGUGCUAUCGACUUCUGUAUGACAACCUUGGAAAAAAGAAGUGAAGUUGAGAUACUCAUGUACAAGAAAGAGAUGCUGGCUCGCGCCAAGACACUGUCAGAGAUGCACAGAGCAUUUGAGAAUUUUGAUAUAUCCGAGGACGAUCACACUCACUUUACGUACGAUGACCAACCCAUGCGUGUAUUUGGGAAGCUUUGUGAUGCCCCUUUCCCCAAUACAACCACAGCAGAGGGGCCAGGGCUGGAGAGUCCACUACAGAAUGUUGAUACCUCGUUCAAAAUUAUGGCUUGUGAUUCAAACGGUCGAGGACUUAUGAGUGGCGGAGGAGAUUGCAAUAUCGAGGUGGCUUGUGUGCCAACAAUCACACAGAAGACAAUCAAGUACCCCAGUACCAUCACAGACAACCAUGACGGCACGUACAUUGUUUGCUAUCGUCCAGAAUAUCCGGGGCACACCAAAGUCUCAAUCAAAUUCAACAACGAGCAUAUCCAAGGGAGCCCCUUCAAUUCAAGAGUUGCUCGAAACUAUAUCCAUCCGAUUCCGGCCCCCUUCACUCUCACUGUCCCCAACUCGAGUCCUUGGGGUGUGGCCAUGGUGUCUGACACAGAGCUGGCCGUCACAGCCUCCGACUGUAUUGUGCACAUCUAUGACAUCAUCACCAGAGAAGAGGUUGAUCAAGUUCGCUCCAACUUCACACGACCGUACGGUAUGUCUACAGAUCACGAGAACUGCCUCUGGAUCACGGACAGAGAGGCACACAUGGUGCAGAAGUUUCGUCGCGAGAGUAACGGGGAAUUUGUCAAGCUGUUUCAGUUUGGAUCUCGUGGUAUACAAGCGGGACAGUUUUCACACCCAAGAGGCGUUGCUGUCAACCCAGCCACCGGCUACAUCUAUAUAUCCGAUAUGAAGAACAACCGUAUACAGAUAUUCAAACCAGAUUCACCCGCCCCCCGUUACGUGGGUCAGUUCGGAGCACCUGGAAACGGCCGAGGACUCUUCAAUCUUCCGGCUGGAAUGAUCUUCAAUUUGAAGGGCGAAUUGGUUGUAUGCGAUGACCACAAUUGUCGACUUCAAGUUUUCGACCCUGAAGGCACCUUCAAGUAUAUGCUAGGAACUACUAGCUCUGAGAAAGGCCUACUUUGUUCUCCAAUUGACAUCACUCAAGAUUUCCGAGGGCGUUUGGUUAUCACUGAGUUCGGUAGCCACAGUGUCACUUUUUUGAGCCCUGAAGGUGAUAUUUUGAACUGUAUUCGAACGAUUGGCACGGGAUUUGGGCAGUUUGUGCAUCCUCGAGGGAUUACGUCCGAUUCUGCAGGUUUUGUGUACGUGGCCGACAACGAGAACAUGAGAGUAGUUAGGUUUUAAUUGAGCACUGAGUUGUUUCUUUGUGUGUGUGUGUUAGUGUUAUAUAGCACAAGUGUGGCUGAUUUAGGGACUAGCUAGAGCAUAUUCUGUAUGUUAAUUUUUGUAUUAAAUAUACAAUGCAAUUUUGACAGUUUUGUUUAUCAAUUUUGAGAUCAACAUUAA